GGGGCUUGCAUGUAUGUAUGUCAGGAGCAGAGCUGUGUAAUUUAACCACUUCUAUCUCGUUCUAAAACACACCGUAUUUUACACACACACACACGUCAUAGCCCUAUGGUAGACCAGACCCGUACAGAGAGAGCCAGAGCGGAAACCCCUCCCGAAUCCCAGCUCCGGCAGCCGAGCAAAAGAAAAGAGGAAUACCAAGAAAUCAGGAGACAAGGGGAAAUAACAGGAGAAAAGAAACUAUCAUAAUAAAACAUUAUUAUGAGCCGUCGUCCCCUCAGCAGCCUCCAAUUAUUUGCCUCCUUCCAGGAAAGAUGCAGAACUGAGGGUGACUAUCCAUCCUCCCGGCCUGGUGAAGUGUGAGACUAAAUAGCGUGUCGUGAGGAAAAGGGGAGAGGGACGGAUGGGGUUCGGACGGGACCUGGGGAACUCCCACGAUGGGCUGUUGAAGCUGCAGGACUGGGAGCUGAAGCUGCUGGAGACAGUGAAGCGCUUCAUGACGCUACGGGUGAAGAGCGACAAGGAGUACGCCUCUCUCCUCCUGAACAUCAGUCAGCAGGUGGACAAGCACGACAACUGCUCCCAGAUGGACUAUAUCAGCAACGUCUCCAAGUCUUGGGCCCACAUGGUCCAGCAGACAGAACAGCUGAGUCAGAUCAUGAAGUGUCACGCGGAGGAGCUGAACUCUGGCCCUCUGCACAGACUGACUAUGAUGAUCAAAGACAAGCAGCAGGUUAAGAAGAGCUACCAGAGCAUCCACACACAGAUUGAGUCCGAGAUGAACAAGGUGACAAAAAGCGACCUAGAAAAGUUAAAAGGCACCUACAGGCAAUUAACAAAGGAUGCCCACAGUGCCAAAGAAAAAUACAGAGACGCAAUGGUGAAAGGCAAGGAGCCAGAGAAGGCGAGGGAGCGUUACGACAAGGCCACCAUGAAGCUUCACAACCUCCACAACCAGUACGUGCUGGCGGUGCGGAGUGCCCAGCUCCACCAGGAGCAAUACCACAACACCACGCUGCCCCUCCUGCUCGACUCCCUGCAGAAUAUGCAGGAGGAGAUGAUCAGUGCACUGAAGGGGAUUUUGGAGGAAUACAGUGAAAUCACCAGUCUUUUAACUGAUGAAAUAGUGAAAGUCCACAAAGAAAUCCACACCUCCAUCGACCAAAUUGAUCCUGUGUCAGAGUAUGAACACUUCAUUGAGGUUCACAGGUCUCCAGAAACCAAAGAACCAAAUGUAGAAUUUGACCUUUCACUGUUGGAGGAAACCGAGAAUCUUCAAGCAAACGAGAUCCUAUGGAACAAUUUGACUGCAGAUAGUUUACAAGCGAUGCUGAAAUCCACAUCAGAUGAGCUGGGCCUCACUCAGCAGAGCCUACGCACCAAGGAGGAUCUCAUGCAAGACUUGGAAAACAAGCUUGAUGAGUCCACCAAAACAUGUGAAAAGAAGUCAGAUGCGGUGCUGCUGCUCAGUCAGAAGCAGUCUUUGGAGGAGCUGAGGCAAACGGUCCAGUUGUUACGCUGCACAGAAGCCAAGCUGGGCGCCCAGAAGGACCUGCUCGACCACAAGAUGCAGGAGAACGAGGGCAAGGAGCCUCCCCCCAUGGUUAACUACGAGGACGAUGCGCGCUCCGUCAACUCCAUGGACAAAGGCAAAGACAGGACAUCAAAGUUUGACACCUUACGUCAUUCCUUAGCCGGCAUCCUCCGCUCUCCCAAAUCAGUCCUUGGCUCAUCAUCGCAGUUUUUCGACGUGAUCCCAACUAGUGAGAAGCCCCUGGGGGACCAGGAGUGGUACCAUGGGGCCAUCCCCAGGACCGAGGCCCAGGAGCUGCUCAAAGAGCAGGGAGACUUCCUGGUCCGGGAGAGCCACGGCAAGCCUGGCGAGUACGUCCUGUCUGUCUUCUCAGAGGGACAGCGGAGACACUUCAUCAUCCAGUUUGCAGAUAACCAGUAUCGUUUUGAAGGCACUGGCUUCCCGACCAUUCCUCAGUUAAUUGAACACCAUUACACUUCAAAGCAAGUUAUUACCAAGAAGUCUGGGGUGGUGCUUUUAAACCCAGUCAUCAAGGAUAAAAAAUGGAUACUCAACCAUGAGGAUGUUACUCUUGGAGAGCUUCUUGGCAAAGGCAACUUUGGUGAGGUAUUCCAAGGAACAUUGCGGGACAAGACUCCUGUGGCAGUCAAAACAUGUAAAGAGGAUCUUCCACAGGAGCUGAAGAUUAAGUUCCUAUCAGAAGCCAGGAUCCUCAAGCAAUAUGACCACGCAAACAUUGUGAAGCUGAUAGGCGUUUGCACACAACGACAGCCUAUUUACAUUGUGAUGGAGCUAGUGUCAGGAGGGGACUUCUUGUCGUUUCUACGGAAGAAGAAGGAAGACCUGAAGACCAAACAGCUGGUGAAGUUUUCUUUAGAUGCUGCUGCAGGAAUGGCUUACCUUGAACUCAAAAACUGUAUCCACAGGGAUCUGGCGGCUAGGAAUUGUCUGGUGGGAGAGAGCAACCUGCUGAAGAUCAGCGACUUUGGGAUGUCAAGACAAGAGGACGAUGGGAUCUACUCGUCGUCUGGCCUCAAACAGAUCCCCAUCAAGUGGACGGCUCCAGAGGCUUUAAAUUAUGGGAGAUACAGCUCGGAGAGUGAUGUGUGGAGUUUUGGCAUCCUCCUAUGGGAAACGUUUAGUCUAGGAGUGUGUCCUUACCCAGGGAUGACCAACCAGCAGGCCAGAGAGCAAGUGGAGAAAGAUUACAGAAUGUCCUGUCCAACAAAGUGCCCUGAGGAGAUUUACAAAGUCAUGCAGAAGUGCUGGGAGUACAAACCUGAAAAUCGGCCAAAGUUUGCCGACCUUCAGAAAGAACUGGCCUCGAUCAAGAAGAAAUAGCAACCUGGUAGGGGAAGGUAGACCAGGUCAUGACCCCCUUACAACCUGAGAGAAACACCACAGAACGUUACAGCCUUGAUGCUACUUGUCGUGAUUGUACUCACUGUGUAUACUUUGUCACAAAAUCACUGUGUUAUUUGCCUAGGCAACUGUUUUGAGCCAUUAUCAAGGAGAGAGAUCUCUGCUUAGCUUGGAUCAUUGUCAAAAUAUGACAGUAUUAUUAUUUUUUAAACCUGGUGUUCUUUUAUUUCUGUUCCUUUCUCUUACUGAACCUCUGCAACUAAAGGUGUUUUGAGACAUAACCACACAAACAUGUGUAUAAUUCAUCAUGCUCCAUUGCACAUAUGACUUCUGUCGUUUUGCUAUUGGUCAUCACUCGGGCAUAGCCACGAUAAUGAGAAAUGUCACAAUUUCUAGGUUUUUUUUUAGGGCCCUGAGUUUGGUCCUGUUAAGGUUAGAUGAGUAAUAUGACUUGAAAAUGCCAAGGAGUCUGGUGCAACAUCUAAAAGAGACUGUCUAGAUGCACUCCGUAGACAGAUGGGGUUUGAGAACCAAUUCCUACCCAAGGACGUAACAGUUUAUACCUAAGGGUAUAGUGUCCUGUUUUUGUCCCGAGCUUGACUUUUCCACAUUCAGCAAGAACUAUUUUCUUCUUCCUCUAAAGUCUCAUUGUGAUGUGACAGUUUGAUUUGAUGUGAAUCAAAGAUUUACUAAAGUAUUCUCUUCAUGCCCACUAUUUAAUGUAGAAAACCUUUGAGUUUAACAUACAAGGAUAAGUGCAAUUUGUGACACCCCUUUCUUAUAAUUGUUUGGGCUUUGUAAUGUAGAAAUAUUGCAGUAAGGCCAUUUAUUUAGAAUUAAUAUAAUUUUACUUAAUUCUUAAAUGUUUCAGACCCUCCAGAAUGCUGAUUAUUUUCUACAUUUUAGUCUGUUACAAGCUCAAUACUCAUAAUUUGACAAUUAGAAUGUACCAUAACUGUACUAUCUGACUUGAAAUGUGAAUUUAGCAUUUUCUGUCAAAAACAGUCCGCUUUUACAUAGCUACGAGAGUUUUAAGGAGCUCCAUUUUUCAUGCAUUCAUUUGUGGUAUUUUUUUACUUCAAUUUUUUUAAAUAAAACUACUGUUCUAAAUUGUUGAUAGACAAUUGAACAGUGAUAGCAAUGAACAGUCGACUUGUUUUCAUUAAGUAUACUUAGGGCCAGGAGUUGUAUCUAACCAUGCGACAUGACCAAGGGAGAACUCUGGGGCCUAGUCUAUACCUAUGGUCUUGUUUUCCUGGCAAGGUAAUUCUCCGUCCCCUAAUAUAGUAUAUUCGCUAUUCCAGCCACUCCUGUAUGAUGUAAUUUCUCUGAGGGUGCCAUGUUGUUUCUAUGUCAACCAAGCUCCUUGCCAUUUGUGCUGACAGCCCAAGCGUGUCUUCAAAAGCAUCUUCUGUGAAGUAACACGUCACAUCCAUCCAUCAGUUUCACUCCUAUUAGAAUGGAACUCUUGUCUUUCAAAAAACAUUCCUCCUGUAUUUUGUAAAUACUUGUAGAUGCUAUAACUUUUAUUUUAUGCAAAUGUAGGUCACGUUUUGUGUGUCUCUAUUGGAAGUGUUUCUUCCAAUGAUGUAUUCGAUAAAGAAAACAUUGUCGGUUUUUGCUUCUGAAUCUGCAUGGAUUGUUUGUACAUUUUUAGUAUAUGUAUAAAAGAUUUUUGGAAAAAUCCUCUUUCCUAUCUAUUAUACAAUGUCUCCUGCUCAUCUAUUCUGUAUCCUCAUCUUACUGUGUCACAAAUUACACCCUAUAUAGUGCACUAAUAUGCCGAAUAGGGUGUCAUUUGAGACAGACUUUGGUUCGUUGACAGGAGUAACAGUUUUUUUUCUUAAUUUCUCCAGUCAAAUGACCUCCUGAUAGUUAAAAUGUUUUGCAUUCCAGACAACCUAGCAAGAGAAAGGUGUAGAAUGAAUAGGCGAAGGGAGCUUACAUCUUAACUACUGGUUGAUGAGCACAAGAUAUCUGUUUAACACGUUUGAAAGGCAUACACUUUUUUCAGUAACUCUUAUUUAUUUGAGACACUUAAAUAGUAUCAUGAGUAUUUUAUAUUAAUUUGUCUCCUGUUAGUGUAUUAAAAUAUUUGCCAGUAUUUUCUUUUUAUAGAAUUUGUUCCAUGGUUUAAAAAUGUAUAUAUUUGUAUUCUCAUGCAAAGUGACCGAGUCUAGAUUUCCCCAUGAGUAGUUGAAAAAUCUGCUCUACAUUACUGGCCAAUAUGAUACAGACCAUUAUUACACUUGUGUUGAAUGGAAUUGGCUUUCAGUUUGUCACUCAUUUGUUUGAGUGAAAGUGUAUUUAAGCUUCACAAUUCAAUGUGAAAGUAUUGUGGUAUGUACACCAAGGCCAGCUUCACAGCAUUUCAAGGUGCAGUCGCUUCAAAAAGUAUUCAGACCCCCUGACUUUUGACAUUGUUACAUUACAGCCUUAUUGUAUAAUGGGUUAAAUAAAUCUCAAUCUACACACAAUAACAAAGCGAAAACAGGUUUACAUUUUCAUUUAGCCAAUUAUAAACCUUAUUACAUAAGUAUUCAGAUCCUUUGAAAUUGCGCUCAGGUGCAUCCUGUUUCCAUUGAUGAUCCUUGAUUACUCUACAACUUGGAGUCCACCUGUGGUCAAUUCAAUUGAUUGGACAUGACUUGGAAAGGCACACAACCGUAUAUACGGUCCCACAGUUGACAUAGCAAAAACCAAGCCAUGAAGUCGAAGGAGUUGUCCGUAGAGCUCUGAGACAAUCCUGUGUUGAGGCACAGAUCUGGGGAAGAGUACCAAAACAUAUCUGCAGCAUUAAAGGUUCCCAAGAACACAGUGGCCUCCAUCAUUCUUAAAUGGGAGAAGUUUGGAACCACCACCACUCUUCCUAGAGCUGGCCUCCCGGUCAAACUGAGCAAUCAGAGAAGGGCCUUGGUCAGGGAGGUGAUAAGCCAAUGGUCACUCUGACAGAGCUCCAGAGUCCCUCUGUGGAGAUGGGAGAAUCUUCCAGAAGUACAACCAUCUCUGUAGCACUCCACAAGUCAAGGCUUCAUGGUAGUGGCCAGAUGGAAGCCACUCCUCAGUAAAAAGCACAUGACAGCCCGCUUGGAGUUUGCCAAAAGGCACCUAAAAUAUUCUUAGACCAUGACAAACACGAGUCUCUGGUCUGAUGAAACCAAGAUUGAACCUUUUGGUCUGAAUGCCAAAUGUCACGUCUGGAGGAAACCUGGCACGAUCCCUACAGUGAAGCAUAGUGGUGGCAGUAUCAUGCUGUGGGGAUGUUUUUCAGCCGGCAGGGACUGAGAAACUAGUCAGGAUCGUGGGAAAGGUGAACGGAGCGAUCCUUGAUGAAAACCUGCUCCAGAGUGCUCAGUAACUCGGCCGAAGGUUCACCUUCCAACAGAACAACGACCCUAAGCACACAGUCAAGACAAUGCAGGAGUGGCUUCAGAACAAGCCUCUGAAUGUCCUUGAGUGGCCCAGCCAGAGCCCGGACUUGAACCUGAUCAGACAUCUCUCCUGAAAAUAGCUGUGCAGCAAUGCUCCCCAUCCAACCUGACAGAGCUUGAGAAAAAUGGGAGAUUACUCCCCAAAUACAGGUGUGCCAGGCUUGUCGCGACACUGAAGGCUGUAGUCGCUCCUAAAGGUGCUUCAAAGUACUGAACACUUAUGUAAAGUUUAUAAAUUAGCAAAUAUUUCUAAAAACCUGUUUUUGCCUUGUCAUUAUGGGGUAUUGUGUGUAGAUUGAGGAUUUUAAAAACUGUAACAUGGGAAAGGUUAAAGGGUCUGAAUACUUUCCAAAUGCACUGUAUGUGCAUUACUGAGCUCUUUUCCUAAAGCAUAUUGUUAUUUGAUGUGUGUCAGACUAAUUUAAAGAGCUGGGAUAUUUAUUGCCACAACAGACCUUAUUUUGAUUGCACUUUUGGCCAUGUUAAAAAAACAGACACAAUAGUACUGUUGUGUUUAGCCCAACAUGCUUCCCUAUGAAUAAAGACCAUAUCUAAAGUAACAAGUGAACAAUGCACUGGAUUUGAAUGAGUAUCACAUUGUUAUAGUUAGCCCAUAUUAUGUAAUAAGAAUUACUGUAGCGUGUGUGGUUGUAAUUGAAAAAUGUCCUUGAAUGUGUUUGCUAUUACACACCUGUAUGCCCCUUGUUAGAUUUAGCUUUCACAAUCAUGUCCUGUCAUUGUUUAUACUGUGUACUUGCAAUAAAAAAAAAACAUUCUUGGC